AUGGAGAGGCCUCUGGAGUUCAACAGUCAUUGCAGACAACAGCCGAAACGUUCUCCGGCUUCCCUCGACUGCCGCAUCCGGAGCGAGGCCACGGAGCGCAUGGCUCCGACCGCCGGAGCGAGCGGGGCUGGCCCCCAGCACUCUGGGAGCAAGGACCUCCCGGGCCAGCGUGUUCUCUCGGUUUGGAAAUGGCUUUGCCCUGGCAGCAUCGGCACCCAGCUGCAACGAGGCUGUUUCAUGGUCCUCGUCAUCCCCGAGCUGAGUCGACGGGAGGGGAUAAACCACAGAAACCGGCUUCAGGGUCAGAUGGACAUUGGGAACAGGGUCACGCUUCUGCCGGGCUGGGUCAGGUUUCUCCCGGAGCUGGUGGAAGAGCCAUCUCAGCUUCCUUCGGGGACGGCAUUGCUGGCCGGGAGCUCGGUGCCGCGAGGGAGCGAGUCGUCCAGUUUUCUGCUAGUUUUCUCCUGCCUGGUCCUGUCUGUCUUUUCAACCAUUGAUGAGUACCAGAACAGCUCUGAAGGGGCCCUCUACAUUCUGGAAAUCGUCACCAUCGUGGUGUUCGGCGUGGAAUACUUUGUGAGGAUUUGGGCAGCCGGCUGCUGCUGCCGAUACCGGGGCUGGAGAGGAAGGUUAAAAUUCGCUCGCAAACCCUUCUGUGUCAUUGACAUCAUGGUGCUGAUUGCUUCCAUUGCCGUGCUGGCGGCUGGGUCCCAAGGGAACGUCUUUGCCACCUCGGCGCUCAGGAGCUUGCGGUUCCUGCAGAUCCUGCGCAUGAUACGGAUGGACCGGAGGGGAGGCACCUGGAAGCUCCUAGGCUCUGUGGUCUACGCGCACAGUAAGGAGCUGAUUACUGCCUGGUAUAUUGGCUUCCUGUGCCUUAUUCUGGCCUCUUUCCUGGUAUACUUGGCUGAGAAAGGAGAAAAUGAACACUUUGAUACGUACGCAGAUGCACUCUGGUGGGGUCUGAUCACACUCACCACCAUUGGCUAUGGGGACAAGUACCCACAGACCUGGAACGGACGGCUCCUCGCGGCUACGUUCACACUCAUUGGGGUCUCCUUCUUUGCCCUUCCUGCUGGCAUCUUGGGUUCGGGCUUUGCUCUGAAGGUUCAAGAGCAGCAUCGACAGAAACAUUUUGAGAAGAGGCGAAACCCAGCAGCGGGCCUGAUUCAGGCGGCUUGGAGGUUUUACGCCACCAACCUCUCCCGAACGGACCUGCACUCCACCUGGCAGUACUACGAGCGCACGGUCACCGUCCCCAUGUACAGCACGCAAACGCAAACGUACGGUGCCUCCAGACUCAUCCCACCUCUGAACCAGCUGGAACUCCUGAGGAACCUGAAGAGCAAAUCGGGACUGACUUUCAGGAAAGAGCAGCAGCCCGAACCAUCGCCAAGUAAAAGCAAACCGUGCAGAGAGUCACUAUGCGGAUGCUGCUCAGGAAACUCUAGUCAGAAGGUCAGUUUGAAAGAUCGUGUGUUCUCCAGUCCCCGCGGUGCUGGCACCAAAGGGAAAGGCUCUCCACAGGCUCAGGGCAUCCGGAGAUCCCCCAGCGCUGACCAGAGCAUCGAGGACAGCCCCAGCAAAGUGCCCAAAAGCUGGAGCUUUGGGGACCGCAGCCGAGCCCGCCAAGCCUUCCGCAUCAAGGGAGCUGCGUCGCGGCAGAAUUCGGAAGAAGCAAGCCUGCCCGGAGAAGACAUUCCCGAUGAGAACAAAAGCUGCAACUGUGAGUUUGUGACGGAAGAUUUGACGCCGGGACUGAAAGUCAGCAUCAGGGCAGUGUGCAUUAUGAGAUUUCUCGUCUCCAAGCGCAAGUUUAAGGAGAGCCUUCGGCCCUAUGACGUGAUGGACGUCAUCGAACAGUAUUCGGCUGGGCACCUGGACAUGCUCUCCCGGAUUAAAAACCUUCAGUCCAGAGUUGACCAGAUUGUUGGAAGAGGAUCCUCAAUGACGGACAAGGAUCGGACCAAAGGGCCGGCAGAGGGAGAGCUGCCUGAAGACCCGAGCAUGAUGGGCAGGCUUGGAAAAGUUGAAAAACAGGUUCAGUCGAUGGAGAAGAAACUGGAUUUCCUGGUGAACAUUUACAUGCAGCGGAUGGGUAUCCCACCAACAGAGACGGAAGCCUAUUUUGGGUCCAAAGAACCAGACCCAGCACCUCCCUACCACAGCCCUGAAGAGAGCAGGGAGCACAUUGACAAGAACGGCUGCAUCAUCAAGAUCAUCAGGUCCACCAGCUCCAUGGGUCAGAAGAACUUCUCUGCUCCACCAGCCCCGACCAACACAUGCCCGCCUUCGACAUCAUGCCAGCAGCAGGCCUACCAGCGACAGAGCCACGGCUCCUCUCCUGUCGGAGACCCCGGCUCGCUGGUUCGAAUCCCACCUCCGCCUUCACACGAGCGCUCCUUGUCAGCGUACAGUGGUGGGAACAGGGCGAGCGCAGAGUAUCUGAGGAACGAAGACAUUACAACCAAGCACCACGAGAGUGCCAUGAGAGACAGCGACACAUCCAUCUCCAUCCCCUCAGUAGACCACGAGGAACUGGAGCGCUCUUUCAGCGGCUUUAGCAUUUCCCAGUCCAAAGAGAAUUUGGACAUCCUUAACAACGGUUGCUAUGCAGCUGUGGCCAAAAUCAGACCCUACAUUGCAGAAGGGGAAUCAGACACCGAUUCUGACCUCUGCACACCCUGCGGCCCUCCACCCAGGUCAGCCACGGGUGAGGGACCCUUCAGUGACAUGGGCUGGUCGGCCCCCAGACAGUGAAACCUCCUAGCACCCACCGAGCCAAGUCUGAGCAGUGGCCAGCUGCCCGCUCAAGCUGUCCAUGCGCUGAACUUCUCAAGGGGAUUGACAGCUAAGGUUUUCCUCCAUCUAGGACAUCCUUAGCUGGCGGAUACUUUCUUGCAGCUUACUCUGGGGGCGGGAGGGAGCAGGUCUGAGCCUGCAUUUGUGGAAGAGGCCACUGUGGUGAGCUAACUAGAGCCUUGAAGAGUUUGGAUUUCUUUCGUACUGUCUUUCUAAGAUCAUUAGGUGAAAUUCUCAUGGUGCAGGGUAGGCAAUUUACAUUUCUUUGUAAACUUUUAAGAUGCAGGGCACAGAUGAAUCACUCAGCCAGGGCUUUUGAAGGUCACAGUAACUGGUGGCUGACAAAUGUCACGUGGGAAUUGCCAUGCCAUGGCUUUGGUGAUUACACCUUUACACAUUUUGGAGUUGCAGAAUGAACGCAUGGUUGUUUCUGGCUUAGCUUUCAGGUUAUGUGGUAAUUACUGGAGGACUGUUAGUUUAGUCCAUGAUUCGUCAUUAACCAUCAGGAAGGUGGUAUAAUUCCAGUAUAACGCAUGGAAAUGUCGUGAAGGGCUCUGCAGGUGAGGGCUGGUGGUUAGAGGUUGCUAUGGGGGUGAAGCCAUUCUCAUAGGCUGUGGCCAGCAGUGCUGCUGUGGAGCCACAGCCGCGUGGCGCUGAAGGGAGAGGGCGAUGCAUUGGAUGUUGUGGUGCCCACGCUGCUGCGGGCUCAGUGCUGAGCUCCGGCCAUUUGAAGCCCUGCUGUCCAGAGCAGUGCCCUUUUCUUACACAGUCUGCAUUGUGCCUGAACACUUUUGCACACACACUAUGCCCCACAAAAAAAUCUUCCCUCUCUUCUUCUUCCCUGCUAAAACUCUCACACCGAUGUCCUCAGGACAUCCUUCCAGUUUUGUUUUGAUCCCUCAAGUUGAGUUAAGAGGUGCUUCUUUGUUUCUUCCUGGUCUUUUAGAAGCCUCUUACCUGUGCUUGCCCCAAAAAUUGUGCCAAUCCAAGUCUGCCCAGUUGUGUUGUUUUUGAAGUACUUUCUUUUGGCAAGAUCAUUGUGUCGUUACUGGGAACCUCAGCAGCGCAUUCAGCUGGGGAAAGGCAAGGGGAAAACAAUGCUCAAAGUUUCUUUUGGGACCAAAACAAAGCCACAAAGUGAUCCUUUAACUAUCAAAGACCUGUAUAGGGUUUUUUUUUUCUUGCAAGGGGAUGGAUUAAGAAAAAAAUCUGCCAGUGUGUUUUGGGAUCCAUCGCCCAGGCUGGGCCACCACGGCCAGUGUUGUGCCUCUGAUUCCUCCCAGGAGGACCAUCCGCAGCCCACAUCCCGCGUGUGUUUUGUGCAGUGGAGUCAGGGCCGUGUCCGUGAUUUCAAACCCCGUCUCCACGUUAUCCCCGUGUCGUAUCAAGAGGUUGUUAAGGAUAUUUAGGUGACAACUCCAUUUCUGUGUGGCCUUUGAGAGGCUACGUAAUGACUUUCUUGGGGUGAAGGGAGAAUCAUGGCGUUUUUCUCUCCUCCUGUUUGCUUGGCAAGAGGCAGCAGCCAGGGGAGACGCAGGACUCCUAUGACCCCUAGAGAAUGUGUGUGUGCAGGAAAGGAGUCUGAGAGCUUGUAGACAGAAAAUAAAAACAUCCUUUUGCCCCAGGUAAGGACCAGCAUAUAGAUCUUCCCGUGGGAGUAAGGAGUAGGGAAAGGCUCUGCAUAAUUUUUCUAGUCAUUUUUUUCCAUUCAGGAGGGAAAAACAUUUUUCCUAGGGGGAACUUGGACUUACAGUCCUGCUAGGUCCCUUCCUUCCCUUUCAGUCUAUAUUCCCCUCUCUGCUUGUGCUCCCAAGCUCCCUUUGGCUCCAGAUUUCUCUCUACAAAGUGAAGCCAGUGAUACACUUGACUUCCGUAAAGAGAAACCUUUCAUUUUGGAGUGCAGAAUGGUUAUAAAUUGUGCAAAUCUGCCCUUGGCGUGUUGCAAAAUGAGAUGCCUUUUGGUAGAGCAAGAAAUGUCAGCAAGUCCCAAAUCAGACUUAGUGACGUGUUUUCUAGUUGACCCCAAGAAUGGAAAUGGCAUUGGGUAAGGGAAAAAUCCACCUUGCUCCAGGCAGCUGCUCACUGCUAAUGUUGCCCAAGUCAGAGCAAACAAGUGUUUGCCUUUGCACAUGCUAGUGUAAAGUGCCUUUUUGAGGCCUGUUGGAAAUUUGGCACAGAAGGGUAUGAUAUAAAGGUAGUAACUCUGGAUGAGGGUGAGGAUGAUGUUGUGCAGUCCUAUUACAGCAUAGGUAAAUGGCAGGAUUUUAACAGAGACCCUGAGACUGGAAGCAAAGUUAACAGGACAUCAAGGCACAAUUUCUGUAUGGUGCAAUUUUCAUCAUGUCCUAACUUUGAAACCCCAUUACUUCUAUUUUGAAUACCCAUUUACAGUUCUUAUUGCAAAGUCCCUUUCUUAGCCUAGAUGAUCUUACACUCUUGAAAGCAGGUAAUGCCACCCGUCUGCAUGUGUCCUCAGGAGGAGUGGUCCCACUGUAUCCUCUCCACAUGCUGAAAUCUGGCAGUCUGAUACCUUAUUAAAAAAAAAAAAAAAAAGGUCCAGAUUCUCAUUUCUCAGUCCUUUAAGGAUCGAGAAGGUAGAAUUGUAUGUUCCCUCUUCAAGUGCUAGUAUUUAUAAAGUUCUCCUAACUUGUAGCUUUAAAAGGUAUUGGAUUUGUCCCACAAUCAGUGCUAAUAGAAAACAGGUUUUGUAUAUGUGCAGCACAGAUUGUAUCUCGUUGUUAAAAAUUUCACAGAGAACUUUUUUUGAAGAUGUAAGAAACAUUCCACCUUUAUCCCCAGCAUCAUUUCGUAGAAAUUCUCACACACACCCACACACACACACCCCCGUCCACAACCACGCUAUAAAGUGUCACUUCUCAUUCAUCCAGGCAAAAAGGCUUGAUUUUGGGGUUAACUUACAACAGAAUUAACCCCAAAUAAUGCUCUUCAUUUCAGUGAAGCUGAAUUAUGCGUGCAUAAAUGAGAACAGAGCCUUCCCUAACUAAAGGAUUUGUUGCUUAUAAACAUAAAUCUUUUUUUCCCUGAUCUGAAUCAUAAUCCAGUAUUCCCUGCAAAGUCUUCACUUUCCACCUCUUGCUUCUCCCGUGCCCGUAGGACACACUCCUGGUAGGUAGUAAGUCUCCCAGAAAAAUCCUAAUCACUAAAUUAAAAUAAAAUAUUAGAAUUUGGUAUAAUAAGGGAGUCCCAACAUGAAAGAUGUUUAACCAAAAAAAUUUCCAGGCAAACCUUGUCCCUCUGCUGAGCCUGUGUCAGGCUGGGCUUUGCUGCCCUCUUCUUCCCAUGUCCCCUUCUGUAGUUUUUGGAAAACGCCAAAGGACAGAAGCAAGUUUUAGAUAAAACAAGUUUGGAUACAAACUGAGGAGAGCUGAAGAAAAAGCGUGGGGCAAAUUUGCGGCAGGCUGUUUUUUCAGCUGCUCCGAGGUGUUUGGGCACCCGGAGCCGGGGUUUCGGUGCACGUCUGUGCAGACAGCAGAGCCGCGGCCCCUGCCCAGAGCCCAGGAUCUGCUCUCCAGGAAACUUUGGGGAUUUUUUUUAAAGGAUCUGAGUGUAGGUCUGGUCAGAAAUAUUACAUCCCUGAAAUCUGGACCUGGAGCCACAGACAGUUUUCGGGAGCUUCAUGUCCAAGUGUGGAUUCAAGCUGCCCGGUCCUCUCCCGUCUCCGAGCGGGAGCCGUGGCGGGGGACGUGACCAGCUCUCUGCACGUGGCCUUUUGUAACGGGACCCUGAGACUUAGGAGCAGACCUCUAGCAAUUCGCUGAAUUUCCCAACAUUUGGGAAAGGACUUUAAUGUUACUCAAGUGCAGGUUUUGUAUUUGAAUUUCCUUGUUGGCUCAUUUUCUUAUUAAUAACUUUUAAAACAAAAAUGUCAAGGAAUUUGCUGAAGAAAAAAUAAACUGUUGUUCAGCGCAGACAGCCAUUACGUUUCUUUAGGCAAACUAUGUGGUAGAUCAGGUUUUUCUAAAAAAAUUUUUUUUUUAAUGCUGCUUAGUUGAUCCAACUAAAUUCAGCAGGGUCAUUGCUAUUUACAGACAAAUAGGUAUAUUUUUACUUUUUUAAUUGAUUUUUAAGAUUUUAAAUUAUAUACAUUUUUAAAACAAGUUUGUAUAAUCUUCCUGAGAAGCCAGAGCAUCUCCACAGAUAAAGUGUUCACUUGCCUAGUAGUUACCCAAGAGAAAGGAAAAACAUUUUUGCUAAUAUUUUUCUCAAGAGGGAAUUGUUGCAAACCUCAUUUCUGUUACAUCCCUGGACGGCUGUGGUCACCACAACAUUACUGCAAAACACAAGGCCAAACUAAUGAAAUGCAUGGCAUGACAAUAUUUUAAGAGGAACUAAAGUGUUUGUCCUGCGGAGACCAGAAGGAAGAAAUCCCGAGUUUGGCUGCAGCAGCCCAGUGCCGCGUGGGCUAGUCCGUGCUGGCAGCACCUUCCCGGGGCCGGCCAGGGCACGCAACCGGUGGAGCUGCUGCAGGAUAACCCUGCUUCUCCCGCAGGAGGUUUUUCCUCUUGCCUGAAUAGCAAUUACUAUGGCUCUGUGGAAAAUUCACCCUAUGGGAAACCAGAAGGUGACAGUAGCUUACUUCAGGACUCCCCUUCAUGAGAAAUUCCUAAGGAAUCUGACCAAGAAUUGUCCCAUAUAAAGAUCCAUAGCAGUGAGUUGCUGGGGUUUGUUUUUUGUUGGGUUUUUUUGCCCUCAUCCUCCCUCUUGGGUCAAUAAUUUCUCAGGUUUUUUUUUUUUUUUUGGUAAGCUUCCUUUUCAUGAGACCAAAAACAAGGAAAUCAGAUACAAAAGCUCCUUCACCUGCCAGUAACAUCGAGGGCGAGAGGCGGCGGGGCAUCGCCGAGCUGCCGGAGGGCGGCAGCCCCUCCGAGCCUUGUGCGGUCACUUCCUCGGUGGUGUGAAACGCAAACACCCCGACUUUCCCGAGGCACGGCGUGAACGCUCUUUAGAGCAAGGCUGUGCCUUGGGUUUGUUUUUUUUUUUUUUAAAUAGGGUUUUUAAAAUAAUAAUUAUAAUAAUAGUACAUAGGAAUCUUCUUUAGUAUAUCUUAGUGUUUGAUGCCCCAGUGACACAAUACUGCUUGCCUUAUACUAGUGUCUAGAGGGAAGGAUUACACACAUUUUUUGAUACCGUAUUAAUCACGCUCAUACUUUAGGUAGCAGCAAGGAGCGGCUGCUGCAGGAGGAGCAGCCUGUUCCUUUUUAACGUAUGAAUGUGCUUUCCAGACUAUCUCACUGACUGUACUCUCAAUUUUGCCUGCUGCUGCAUGCAGCCUGAGACGAGUAGACAGCGAUAUGCUCCAGCUGUAGCUGCACUCCCAGAUUGCUGUAGUACUUAAAGAGGUCACAUUGCCAAAAGCGUCAUUUCUAGGCGAGGACUUCCUCUCGCUGCCCCAUCCCGUAGGGCGCUGCGGUGCUUCUGUAGGUAACACUGAUAUACCAAGUGUCUUUGAUGCUGUGACUGACCAUUGCCCCAUCCCUCUGAUACAGCAUGCACAACUUCCACUGCUACUACAUGUAACUAAGGGGCAAAAAAAAAAAAAAAAAAACCACAUGUAACUAACGGUUCACAGAAAUGUAUACAUGGGGAGAAAAAAGAAAAAACAAGAACUGUGUUGGAUGUAUAUAGUAUAACCUCCUUUCCACCUGGAUGCCUCCGGAGAUGAGCAUCCUAGACAGCCCUUCCUGAGGGCUGGAGGAGCAGGCAGAGAGGAAGGGAAGCAAUGUCUUGGGCAGACGCCUGGACUUCAUUAGAGAGAUGCCAUUUUAGCCCACAUGUGUGGGCCUUGCCAUGUCUCUGUUUUAAUUCCCGUAGGGUUGUCUGGUGUGCAUCAACCUGAGCAGCCCAAAGAAGCAUGUCUGCAUUGCACUCCAAAGUACACGUGCAUUUGUGCCUGCCGCCCAGCCCCAGGGGAUAGGGGGAAUGUGACUCCCAAACUCUGGGAAACUCUCUUUGGAAUUUCAUCCACUCCUGUCUACAGUACUUGGGUACCUUGGGGACUUGUAGCUGUGCCAUAUCCAUUCAUUUUGGAAGCAUCCUCUACUCUUUUCACUGAGAGGUGCUGAGCUCCCUUCAUAUCUCAAUAAGUGUUUUGCCACUGUUCUCUCCCCUGUAAUACCAGACUAUCAUGAGACCUUCAGGGUUUGCCAGCUUUGCAGGCGUUUUCCAUCUUUCGCAUCUGUUAGUGCUGCUGUGGUAAUCUAGUUUGCCACUGGGCCCACAUCCUCAUGUUUCUUGUCCAGCCUGUAUACAAAUGAACGUAUAAUGCCAGAGCUCUAUUCCUGAGACUUCCUUUUGCCAUGGCAUCACUAGAUGCCCCAGGAAGCCUUUGCAUCUUGCUAGUGUGACAGUUUUGCUUUUUAUUGGCAAUUUAUUUGCCUCCUCACUGAGCCAUUGUGGGCUCCACACAUCCCUGGUUUGCUGUGCUGGAGCCUUUCAGUGUGGGGAUGGAGCCGCUUUUGCCCAUUUGUACAGCACCUGGUAAUGGUUUGCUCCCUUGGCUAUUGCUCAUUGCGGUGAAACAGUGAUGAGGGUUGAGUUCCCAUUUUUGUGUCAAGUUGAACGUCUUGGAGAAGAGCUCACAGACUCUUAACAGUGUCGAUGUUUUUGCUCCCUGAAAGCAAGAGCUGCUCUCGAGAACCCAGUCUCGUUGAGCGGUGCAUGAAUGUGGCUUCGCAUGCCAGACUCCAGCUUCAUCAUGGGGCGAAAUGUAAAGCAGCUAAUCCAAGCUGUGUUAUUGCCAAAGCUACCGGUGAACCUGGAAGCAUCUUACCCUCUCCUGACUUCUGUAAAUACAGCCUCAAAUGAAUAGUUCAAGCAGCAUCUGGUUGCCUAGUCCUGAGAAACUUGAGCUAUCUGCAACCGCAAAGCUUUCCAAAACUCAAUGCCAAGCUCAGGCUAGAUUUCACUGGCAGCUCAGCCUAUAAUUUUAAGGCCAGGUUAAUGAUAUCAGGCAGAAACCAUGCUAAACUCUUCAGUUUGGAUGGUUCUGGCCCAAAGCCAAGGCUGAAUGUCACACUGCCGGUGAAGUGUCUCCUUGUAAUUUCAGGUCCAUUUGACACUGAUGGCUCUUUGGGCUUGGGGAGACACUCCGCUCCACUUCUACGUAAAGCAGAAGCAGCAUUUCACUGUAAUCUUUUAAAUCUGACCAACACAGUGACUGUGAACAGCAUUUCACAUGUGCAGUGAUCAUUAUGAAAUGGAUCUGUUACAGAUGUCGAUGUAGAGGCCUCAGUCCUUGAGCAUGCUCUGUGGACGCCUAGCUCACUCCUUGCUGAUGACCAAGGGAAAGCUCUUGAAAGCUCUGAUAGCAGGACUCUUCUGUCCUGCUCGGUCAUCCACACUGGCUCAGCACCUCUUCUGGAGCUGCAGAUCACCCAUGCUCCUGUCAGCAGGCAGCACAUGGACUGUUCUGUGUUGGUUACUGUUCUUCACUACCUGACCCAAACCUAUGAAAUUUGCAGUAGGAAUUUUCUUCUUUUUUUUUUCCUCCAAAAGUUCACACAUGGGGUAGCAAACCUGAGACUUGCAGCUAACAUUGCAUCAAAACAAGAUAUAGCUCAGAAAUAACGGAGGGUUUAUGCUGGUUACUUUAAAUCACGAGCAGACUUUAAAUAUAGUUGCAGUUGCUGUGUGGUAUAUCAAAUGCUUUAGGAGAUUCAAUAAAUUAUUCUUAUAAAUAUUUUAUUCUUUUAUCAGUAAUCCAUAUAGGUGGGUGCCACUGUUCUUAUGCAGCAGUGCCCCUUACACUAAAAUUAUACAGAUGUUUCUCCAGUAUAGACAUGGUACUCAUGAGAUUUAUCUUGCUUAGUGUCACUUUGGCACAGUAUCCACAUAUACCGCACACAAAUUGCACAUUACGUGCCAAAUGCUGAUAGAUAUCAUUACGUGUAAUAAGCGUAUGUGUGUUGACUAAACACCAAAGUGUUACCUGCCUAUUUUGUGAUGUGACUCAACCUAACUAAGAAGAGAGGAAAGAAAGGUCCUGUUUUGUUAAAGAAAUACCUUGCGUUUGAUUGCUUCUGAAAACAUAUUUUACCAGGAAGCAAACCUAAGUGAGAUUUUGUUCUAGUACUUUUUAAAAUGACACGCCAGAAACAACAAAACACACACAAGCCCUAAAAUACCUAACUGUUGUAUUUCUAUAUAUUCUUCAUUGCUAUACAUCUGAACUGUAAAUUCUGUACAGAUUGAAUGAAGUACACAGUUUAUCUUUGUCAUAACCUACAAGAUAAAAGGACAACACAACUUUGGCUGCAAAAGUGUGUGUGUGUUGUUUGCAUGUACAUGCUCGUACACAUUGCUGUAUGUGUGUAUAUGCAUACACGUGCACACAAGCUUUAAGGCAGAAAAAUGCAUCUAGGAUGAAUAGGGGGAAAAAGUUUUUUCUUUGGAGGUGGGAGAGUGAAUACAAAGAAAACAAAAUACUAUUUUGAUAAUAUGUUUCUUUCAAAAAAAGAAGGUUUGCAAUAGAGGGUGAUAUAUAAAUGCCAUCCCAGGGAGAAAUCCCUCUUCUGAAGGCAACACAGCCCACUUCAGAGGGAUGCAGUUGGUUUAGGUGACCAUUUGUUUGGCUUUUGUUAAAAAAAAAAAAAAAAGUAUAGUGACUGAGGGCAAAGGCUUUGCUUGCUGCGAAAUGGGCACCCCUCAUGCAGCAGAUCCCCCUCAGGACCAGGCACUUCCAACAGGGAGGAUCCUGCUGCCUUUGUGAGUCCUAGUCUUACCCUUACCCACAUAUUUAGUUACAUACUUCAAAGUGUCUGUUUAGGAGUCAUUUAAAAACAAGAGAGCGAGAAGUAGCAUCAUCAAAAGCCCAUUUUUGAUCUUAGAGUUGCAAAAGAAAUGAAGUUAUGUAGCCAAAGCACCUGAUUUUCCAAACUAUUCAGCCUAUCCUGAGAUCUUGCCAUUCUCAUCAAAAUAAUCACACUCAAGAGUUUAAUCUAGCUUUAAAAUUUUACCUCUAUUUUGACAGAUAUAAGAUCUAGAUUGUGUAGAACUUAUCCUUCAGUGCUCAACCUAGAUCUAUGAAGAAUUGACUUUUCUAACUGAAUGCUGCUGGAUACUAUUAGAAGAACACUAAGCAGAUUUUUGCAUUGGCCUGAAAUUUGUCUCCUGAUCCAAGAGCAUUACAAUUUUAAGAUAAACUUAAGUCCCCAAAAUGUUUCUAAGCAAAGUGUAUGUUCACUGCUGGAGUAUGGCAUAGUUUCCCUGAGAUACCUUGAAGACAUCAGUUUACAACAGGAUCUGACUUUAAUUAGGCUAAAAAGUGGAUCCUGGGUCUGUCCUCCUCGUGAGCUAGGAGGUGAAAUUCGUAGUGGGAGAGGCUAUUUUCGCUUUGCGUGGGUGCAGGUGGCCACACGCUCUGGCCUCCUGGUCAUACAAAUCUCGAGCUCAGUUGAGCGUUAAAGUUUGGUUGUCCUUUAGAAAGCAAAGACAGCUGCUGCUUUGCUUCCUUUAGUUUGCUCUGUUGCCUUGGCUUUUUUGCACUUUUAUUUCAUCUCCAAAGAAUCUCUCAUAAUGCCUUUGGUACUUAUGUACGAUUUUAAAACAUUUUGUAUGUACUGAAUGGUACACACUUUCUCUUGUAAAAUAGCAAUCGGACUUUUUUUUUCUUCUGUGAAUGUGUAAUGUUUCCUCUGUACAUUUCAAUCAUGACUUUGUGCAAUGUACAUUUUAUAGAGACAGAUGCCAAGGGAAUGACCUGUAGUUUUCUAACAGAAUAGCUAGAUGCUGAACAACACAGUCACAGAUGGUUUUUACAUUAGCACCACUGAGAAGCAACAUAGCCCAGACUUUUACACAGAAGCAUUGAGCAUGAUACAGCGUGUACCUUCACACAAAUGACUGUGGCAGCUGCAAAACUGUAUAUGCGUGAUAUUAAGGGAAAAAAAUACAAAAGUUGCAAUCAAAAGGGGAACGGACGAAAAUUAAAUAAUCAAUCAUUAAAUUAAGCCUCAAAGCAUCAGAAUGGAAAAUUUGCAUUCAGUAAAAAUGCCAGAGAUUUAACCUUCGUGAGAUGAAAUACACAUUUAUUUUUCUUUGCA